CCAGACUACAGGUGGCAGAUCCUGUCUAGCCUAUACUACGAAGCAGAAUGAUGACAUCAACAGCGUUCCCGAAGUACGAGCAUAUGGCGACCAAUGUCGCACGCUUCAGCACCAGGACGAAGCACGCAGGUGAGCGCAGCACUCAGCACGUGAACGCACAACAUGCAAGGCACGUGGGUGGACGCUCGACAGGAGGAACCACUCAGGACGAAGCCAUGCCUGUGACUCUGCUGUUGGCAGAAUCUGCGCCGUCUGUGGCCCCGCCAACUCCCGCCUCGGUGUCGAUGGGCCUUGCUGCUGGGGAACCUGUACAUCCUCUCCAGUGGGAAUCAUCUCGUUCUAUCCCUGCUGACGCUUUUGCUGCAGCAGCGAGGGCUGCCUCUUCCCGAAUUGCGCGAUUGCAAAGUCAGGGUGGUGUUCUGUCACGUUCCUCGUCAGCUGGAUCCAAUUCUCCGUUGGGCCUAGGGUGUAGGGAAUCACCUCCUGAACUGCUGCCCCGUGCUGGGGUGUUGUCGAGGGAAGACACUCAUGGAGGGUUCUGCACGUCGAAGGCAGAGCCUGAUAUUACCUGGAAGUGUGAUGGGUACGCCCUCAGAUAUCAGUCUGCUGAUCCUUUUGUAUUAUCUUCAACAAGCCAACAGCGAUCACCAUCACCAUCACUCCCAUCUCGACUACACCAGUCGCCUCUUCAUGAACGCUCGGCAGGCUGUUGUCACUCUGCACAGCCCUUGGCAGGAGCUCUGACGUUUGAAGGACGUCGUGAUACUGUGGGAUGGAGGUUGCCAAGUUCAGAAUUGGUCCGAGAACCUUGCAAUUUGCCUACGUCCUGGUUAGAAUCAGGGGGCUAUGGCGCCCAGGUGAAUGAAAGGCGUCAAACAAGCAGCUUUCCAGCUAGCAGCUUUCCUUCUAGCAGUUUUCCAACUAGCAGCUUUCCAGCUAGCAGCUGUGAAAGGCAUUGCUGUCGUGUGGAUCAAUCACCUUCAAGAAGGUGGAGAACCUCGCGGAUACCUGCAUCUCAGUGGUGCACUGACUGUGGGGAGUUACCCCCACUGUCGAAGGCCAAGUUUGGUCGUGAGGAGUCUUCCCUCUGUUUUGCAAUGGAAGACUUGACAUCUCCACAGGCAUCGGCCCCUUGUAUUCCAAGUGAAUCACCUAUCGGUGAAUGCGAACUUGUUCCAUUGUCAGUGUCCGAACUUGCUUGUGAUCCAAGUUUUGAUGGGACCUCGGUCGAUAGUGAUAUGGAGCGCCAGUUGGAGAGAAACACACCUCCUGAACAACAAGGAGAUGAGGGAUCUCAGGAAGUGGGAAACGGGGAAUCACGCAGAGAGGAGUUAGCACCGUCGUCCUUCCAGUCCUCGUUGGCAAUAACAGAUGACAGACAUGAGAUGACCAUUGAAGGACAAUCCCUGUGGGGGGAAACCGAGGCAGCUCUGCCUGAAAAGGCUGCUGGUAGGAAUGAUAAAAUGGAGCAUAGCGACUUCAGAUUGGCUGUCAACAGGAGCGCCGAUGAGUGUGGAGGAGUGGCAGAUACAUGUUCUUCUGAAAAGGAAGGAGGUGUGGAGGUUGCACAUUGUGCAGAUGAUGCCAGAGAGUAUGGAGGGAGUGCUUGUCAGAGUUCUCAUCGUCCCAGCGACAUUCUAGGGGAUGUCGAGAGCACUGGUGGAACUCAAGAAGAAUGCCAAGGAGGUGUGAGAGAGAGAUAUGCACCAUUAUCUUCCGAUGAAGAAGAAGUCGGGGUUGACAAUGCAUGUGAAAGUGUGGAGUAUGCCACCACAAGUUCUGGCUCCGAGGGUGGCCGAUAUGCGGAGGAUGCUGCUAAUUGUGCAUUCCCACCUGAUCAGCCGGAUCGAGUUGGUGUAUCAUCCACCUCCUGUGGGCAUGUCACCUGUGAAGCAAAUCGGUCGCAUCUUUUGGACUGUUCAUGCGUGCAACAGGACGCUCAAGGUUGUGGAGAGGAGCAGCAACGCAGGUCUCAGCGCGGCCUUUUCUACGGUGGAGAGUUGGAUGAACCUUUUUCACCAUAUGUUCAGGAGAGUACAGUGCUGUUGGGAAUCUCUGGUUCAUCGCCAGUGCCGCCUGGAGUGCUAUCAGAUAACUGGGCACCUCCUCAGGUUGAUGAAGGAAAGCCUCCCUUAGUUUCAACUUCUCAAUUGGCUUGUGACGAUGGAGAAGUGGAUGUGUCCUUGCCGUCCUCACCUACAUUGCAAGUCAGGGAGAUUCAGUGGCACUCUCCUUGGCCUGAUGGCAAACAACCUGCUUCGCGAGUUGUCCAUGGUUCAGCAUCCCCAUCUGUACAACCCGCAGCAUCCACCACUCCUCCUGUGGACAUUCCUGAAAUACAAGUACCAGUUCCCCUCCAUGGUUCCUCCACAUUAUCAGCAUAUCAAGAGGAUGAGGGAACGGGCUCUGCGAGGCGUGAUUCACAGGAAGAGGCGGAUUCUUCUGCAGUUUGUUCGCGCGGACCUGAUGGGAAAGAUGACAGAAAUGUCUCUCUGUUGCUUGAUUCAUUGGAAGAGACGAGUUCCUUUGAGGCACAGGGAUCUACUGUGAAUGGUGUAUGGUCCCCUCAGGGAUCUACUGUGAACGGUGUAUGGUCUCCUCGUUUGUCAGAAACAAGUCCUGAAAGAGGUGGAAAAGCACAAUUGGAACCCCUAUCAAGAAACCUUCUUCUGCCUGAUGUAUCACCGGCUUUUGCUUACGGGACAGGAUCACAGCCGUCAGGAUCUUCUUUCCCAUGCUUGGAAGCUCAGGAUUCACAAACACUGGAAGAACAGCUUGGGGAAUUGGAUGGAGGCGAGCUUCUUGAAUUUUUUGCAAGCAGUUCCCCCAGGGAAACGCCAUCGAGAUGUGAUGAUUCGCCGUUGGCUUCUAUUCACGGUUCUGACAAUCCAAGCCUAAUGGGUCUCCCAAAGAAGGCUGAACAGCCUGAACGGUUGGAAAGUGGCAAAUCUAGUCCACGAUCGCGCCUGGCAUCGGGCUCAUCAUGGACAGAUAUUGUAUCUGAGAUUCGUGAUUUCGAGGCAAUGAGGUCUCCUAAGGAUGCAGCUAGCGAUGGCAGCCAGCUUUUGGGUGGUGGAUUCCCUCUGCUUUUUCCUCAGUUCAACUUAGGAAAGAACAGGAGGAGAGUUUGGAUGUUUGACGAUGAGGAUGUUGAAAAGACUGAGUCUCGACACACGAGUCCAAAAAGCAGUGCUAGUGCUAUUUGCCUCACAUCUGGAGGAAACGAUGUUGACAUGGAUAUUAUGACAGCGCCACUCCCCAUCUCAGUAAUGAGCGAUGCGAGUGCAAUCACGGAGAACUCCAUCCCUGCAAGUCUGCCAUCACUUGUAAAGGCCAGCAAUAUUCAGCGCAGAACGAUCUCUAUUCUUUCAGAGAAUCCCUUUCGAGCAGAAUCUGGCCGCAUCUCAGUGCAGUUCUCAGCUCCAAGACCAAGUGAAGCUGGAUCUGUUGCCUCCCGAAUGGAGUCGGAAGCAGGAGCUGCUGAGGGGGCUGAGGAGAAGGGGAAAGUGCAGCUGAUUCCGUCAACUGCAGAGAAGAGGGGGGAGGCAAAGAGGACUGAGCAGGGUGCUAGGAAAGCGAAAGAGAGGGGACAAAAAAAUGGGAAAGUGGGGAAGAAAGAGAGAGAAAGGAUGGAAUGCGCAGAGAAGGAAGGGCUACAGAAGCUGAGGACGAAGCAAGAAAAGUUGGUAGUGAGGGGGAGAGCGAACCAAGGAAAGAAAAUGCUUAGUGGAGAAGACAAGGACGAAAGUUCAUCGAUUCUCUCUGAGAGAAGCGAAUCACAAACUACAAUGGCAUCGCAGUCUACAACAGCCGUGACUUCACAACGUACUUCAGAAACAGAGUCAGAAGGAACUCUAAUAAUUCCCAUAAUCGCGAAAGGUUUGAAGGUUAGCAGUGACAGCUGUUGGGAGGUGGAUCAUGCAUCGAGUGAGGCUGCAAGAAAGCAUCAAAACCGACCUAUGGGAGAAUGGAUGAAACAUACAAUCGGUGCAUUCUCGCGCUCAGUCAAUGAGAAAGGUGUCCAUGCAGCAAAGGCAGCUGCUGCCAAAGCAGCAAAGGUGUGCAAGAUGGUUGUAACUCGGAAGCCAAGUGGACUGUCACUGAAGGAGCUGCGAAUACAUAUGGUGAUUGGACAAGGAGCCUUUGGAGUCGUCCAUCUUUGUACGCAGAGAGGCCAGCCGAAGAAGUUGUUUGCGCUAAAGAGCAUGGACAAACAGGAUUUGAUGAGGAGGAAUGAGUUGGAGCAUGUUAUGUGUGAGAAAGAGGCUCUGUUGGCUCUACGGCACCCUUUUGUUGUCAACCUAGAACAUCACUUCCAGGAUCACAUGCGUGUUUAUUUCCUUAUGGAGUUUGUCAGUGGUGGAGACCUGUUCAGCCGCUUGGAGGUUAAUAGGAAGCUCACAGCAAGGGAGACAAGGUUCUAUGCUGCUGAAUUGCUUUGUGCAUUGGAAUUUAUUCACAGCAAAGGUUUUAUCUACCGGGAUCUGAAGCCAGAGAAUGUGAUGAUCGAUGCCAGUGGUCAUGUGAAGCUCACGGACUUGGGUUUUGCAAGGAAGCUUGCGUUGGGCGAGAGAAGUUUUACGUUUGUUGGGACACCUGACUACCUUGCACCAGAGAUUAUCCAAAACACAGGUCAUGACAAAGCAGUUGAUUUCUGGGCCCUUGGCGUUUUGAUAUUCGAACUUCAAAUGGGCUAUACACCCUUCCAUGCAAACUCUCUUGCUGAACAGUACUCAAAGAUCCUCACAGGUGAUGUGCGAUUCCCUCCCGGAACGGAUUUCCUUCUCAAGGACCUCCUGUGCAGGCUGCUUCAGCCUGAUCCCGCAAGGCGGCUCGGAUCUCUUCCUGGUGGCGACGGUGCACGAAGUGUAAUGAAGCAUUCUUGGUUUGACUCCAUUGAUUGGACUUCCCUCAAGACCCUGCGAGCUGUGCCGCCCUUCAUACCUCCAGCAUAUAUGUACAACAAGCCAAAGAAAUACCUCAAUGCUGUCGAUGUUUACCAGUGGCAGGGUGGUGGGAAGAUGGGUGUAGCUCAUGGUGGUGGUCAUGCCACAGUCAACCCUCUUUCCAAUCCAACAUCUCUGUCGAUGGAUCAGCAUCGAUUCUUUGAAGCAUUUUGAGGGGGGGUAACAACUAUGCCAAGGCCUGCUUGACUUCAUAGGGUGUUUGCCGACUUCUCUUUUUCCGAGGGUAACUGUUGGGACCUUUGGAUGGUCAUUUUUUAGCGGAGUCUGGACCGGCAUCUGUAACUGGCAUGGCCCGUUUUCGUGUUUUUUUAUCUUUACAGUCUUACCAUCCCUCAAAGCGGCAUUCCUCCCCCCUGACCCCAACCCAGGGCUCCAUCCUCUUUUCCCUUUUUUAUUUACUAUGUAUUUUGUCCCCGUCCCAGUUCUUUGUGAGGCCUGCCUCCUUCUUUACUGUCCUUUCUGCUGCACGCUGUAUAUCCAAUGAGCACGCAUCGUCUUCGCAAUCCGACUGUCUGAUCAAUAUCCUCUUGUCAGUCUUUGUCCUUGCCAACCUUCGUGUCACAGUAGGGCAGCUUAUGCCGGUUUCCUCUCUCUCCUUCUCGGAUCAAUUUUCUUCUUUGUCACAUCACUAUCGCUGUCCAGGCCUUUCUCCGCCUCCCACAGUCGCUUUCUGCUUACGUUUGUCACCUCUUCCCUCUGUUGCUUCCUCAAUUCACUAUCCCUCUCGUGCCUUGUACCGCUGCACUGUCCACCCUUUGGCUAACCCACUCGCUCUCUGCUUGCUUCCUCUGCCCAACCCCUCUGUCCCUUUCAUGGAUCACGAUCCCUGUCUCGUGUCAUGCAUAGCUGUUCAUACUGUUCCCUGCGCGCUUCUCUCGUUCCUUGCCCGUGUCUCAUGCUGAUCUGUGUAUUAUUCCCACAAUGUUUCCCAUCCAUGCUCUCUCUCCCCGCCCCUAUUGUCCAUUCCCGCCUUACCUUCGGAAUAAUGGCGUACAAGUCUGAUCUACAUGUUCUGCACGAGGUCAUGCCGGACUUCUGCUCUCAAUUAUGCCUUAGUAUGCUGUUACUGGUUCUCUGGCUCCUUGCCAUUCACUCAAUAUGAUUGAUUGGCCCAUCUCAAAGACUCACCAGGUAGUGGAUAAGAGUGAUGACGGGCUUGGUAUGCCAUGGUCUUUUGGUAUUUAUUUAAUUUUUUAUUAUGGUUAAGUUGCGCUUUCUUCCUCAGGCAGCUUUUAAUCCCCUGAUGAUGGCCGUCUGCCGAUGCAGCUGAAAUGAGGCGUAGGGACGUCAGCUACGAAGAUGAUGUUUUAUCGUGCUGAUCAUUUUUGAGUUUCCGGAACGGUGUUAAUUUUAUGGCGCUACCCGUCUCUCGUCUGUCGAUUGUGAAAUGACUUUUCUGCAUCUCAUUGGACUCCGGCCUUCUUCUUCUUCAUCGUCGUCUUCCUCCUUUGAGCAGCAUCCCUUCCCACCUUUGUAUAUGACUCUCCUCUGCUCUUCUGAUGAUUGCUCUUCUGUCUUCCUUUCCAUGUUACUGGAACUUACGAUUUCACGGGUGCAUUUGCUGUGCUUUGUCGACUUCAUAGGACUUAACGAUCUCCCACAGCGCUGCGCUACGGGAUUGCCUUGGAUUGGAAUCAGCAUGUCUUUCGUCCAUAUGCUCCACUGCGUGCCUCUUAAACUUCCAAUCCAAUUUCCAAGCCUCACUUUCUGCAAAUUGACAGUUUGUGGAUGUCUGUUUAGGGUUCUCUGUUUGGGGUGCCCUUCUCAGACUUGUCACCACUUCUCAUCUUUCUCAUUCACUUUCCGAGUGGCGUGCUGCGGGGCAGGCAUGAUGGCAUCCUAAAGCGUUUUGUGUGGGUACACGUGAACACUAGAACCUUUCGCAUGAUGUGUGUAAUACAAAGGAGAUUCAGCUGCCUCUUGCAAGGGUUCCAAAGGAGGAGCUGGCAAGGAGCUUGGGUGCCACAGGAUCCUCAGUGAAGUGAGUGACGUCACACGGGCAACCUUUCCGAGAGCGAGAAUUGCCAGAGGAUCGAGAUGCGUCACGAUCGGCAGCAAAGUGAGUGGCGUCACCGUUUUGGAACCUUUCUGAGAGUGUGAAUUGCCAGAGGGUCAGGAUGUGGCGGGAUCAUCAGGGAAGUGAGUGGCGUCGCCGUCUUGCAACCUUUCUGAAGAGCGUGAAUUGCCAGAGGAUUGGGAUGCGGCGGGAUCGUCAGUGAACUGAGUGGCAUCACCCCGGGCAACCUUUCUGAGAGCGUGAAUCACUGGAGGAUCAGAAUGCGGCUUCGUAUCCAGUGUGCAUGUGGCCUUGAUGCUUGUCCAGGAGCCAACGGCGGUUAGACUCAGCUUUCCUCUGAGAUGCACUCCAUGCUGAGGGUGACUCUAAUGCAGCAGCACGCUGAACCAACGGAAAUCGUGCGCGCGGUUGGCAACUUCUGGAACCAACUGUAAGACGUCUAUGCAGGUGUGUCAAGUUGGGAAGGGAUAAUGUCGGGGAGGACAGGACGUGAAUCGUGGCCGCUUGGCACAGCAAGUGUGACAUUGAUAUGUGAUGUAUAGUGCAGGGGAGACGUGUUUGAUCCUUGUAAGUUGCAACGUGGAUGGUUAUUCAAAAAUAUUUGAAGUGAAUGAAUAAAUAGAUAAGAAAUCAAUCAAAUAAGCAGGUGGAAGUUAAAUGUGGAAGACAUUUGUAAGCUGCAACAUGGAUGGCUAUAGGGAUUCUGUUCCGCUCUGACUAAAUGAAGUAAAACCGGUCUAAAUGAUGAGCCCAGUUUUCUGGUCAGUUAAGAGUGGGGACUAGGGAACUGGAGGAUUGGGCCCGGUUUUGGGCCCCAGCCCAUGAAACAGCGGGUGGUACUGGGACUCUGUUUCACAAAGAUUUGAAGGUUGAGGUAAUUGAUAGGUUCUUUGGUAUUUAUUUGGGUACGUAAGUUUGGAUUUAGGUACCAAUGGGCUAGAUUUGCUGGGCUUUUAUGUCUAUUUAAUAUUUAUGUCUAUUUAUGAGCCAGUUGAGUAGAACAACAAGGGAGUAUGCUCAGUACGGCUUUCUUAAGGGCUAUUUGCUGCAGCUCCUGUAACUGAGCAUCUGCUACUGGUGGGUGGUCCGAAUACAAUGGUUAGACCCAUGAAUUGAUUCCUCUGGGGAUGACCUUAUUAUGUCCAAUGCUCGAUCCUUGCGCACAGUUUCUGGAGUAAUAUGGACCAUUAUAAAUUUACAGAUGUUUUCAUAUUAUCCUGUUGAAACAAAUGGAGCCAGACUUGGUUCUUGGCAAGGGAGUGAGGGGGACAUCUAUCAGGGGCCCAGCUUAGACCUUUUUCAAUGAAAUUGCAACUGUGGC